UUGAAAGCUAUAGUAUAUACGUAUACAUUUAAAUCUUUAAGGACUACUCUUUAAACUAAAAAAAAAAACUACAAACAUACAGAAACAUCACAGCGGUAGUUCGUGUUGCAGGCGGCAGCGAACCCGGAAGUGUUUGUCAAACUGUUAAAAGGAAGGCUAGCUAGCGUUAGCUGUCUCAUUGUGCAGGGAUGGAGGUAACACGCAAAAAUUAUAAAGACAGCUUAAAGACUGUGUACAGCGCUAUAGAGGAGGCCGACUUCCUUGCCAUCGAUGGGGAGUUUUCAGGGAUAAGCGACGGUCCUAAUGUCAGUGCACUAACCAACGGGCUGGACACCCCGGAGGAAAGAUACACGAAGCUUAAAAAGCACUCCAUGGACUUUCUCUUAUUCCAGUUUGGAUUAUGUACCUUCAAGUACGACCAGACCAAGUCAAAGUAUAUCAUAAAGCCUUUUAACUUUUACGUUUUCCCAAAACCAUUCAACAGGGCGUCCCCCGACAUAAAAUUCAUCUGUCAAAGUUCCAGUAUCGACUUUCUGGCCAGUCAAGGAUUUGACUUCAACAAGGUGUUCUGUCACGGAAUCCCAUACCUGAAUCAGGAAGAGGAAGCCCAGCUCAGAGAGCAGACAGAGGAGAGGAGGAACCAACAUGCUAAUGGAGUCGGGACACCAUCCUUCAUCUCUCCAUCCUCCAAAGGCCCCACACAUGUACCUGAGGAACACAAAGACUUCAUCAACAAAGUCAUAGAGAAAGUCGAAGCCCUCUUCAGUAGCUCAGAGAAGAGUCUGGACUUGGAGCCAUGCACUGGGUUUCAGAGAAAGCUGAUCUACCAGACACUGAACUGGAAGUUUCCCAAGGGUCUUCAUAUGGAAACUAUGGAAACAGAAAAGAAGGAGCGAUACAUCCAGGUCAGUAAAGUUGACGAAGAGGAGAGGAAGAGGAGGGAGCAGCAGAAACUGGAGAGGGAGCAGGAGGAGCUAAACGAUGCUGUGGGCUUCUCCAGGGUCAUCCACGCCAUCUCUAAGUCUGGUAAACUUGUUGUUGGCCACAACAUGCUCUUGGACGUGAUGCACACCAUCCACCAGUUCUACUGCCCUCUGCCAGAGGAUCUUCAGGACUUUAAAGAGGUUACUAUGUGUGUCUUCCCAAGACUCCUGGACACAAAGUUGAUGGCUUCCACUCAGCCGUUUAAGGAGCUGAUCAAUAACACGUCACUGGCAGAGCUGGAGAAGCAGUUGAAGGAGUGCCCUUUUAAGUCCCCGCAAGUUGAAACUGCAGAGGGGUUCCCCAGUUAUGACACAGCUCAGGAGCAGCUCCACGAGGCCGGAUACGACGCCUACAUCACUGGCCUGUGCUUCGUCUCCAUGGCCAACUACCUAGGUUCUUUCUUGACUCCACCCAAAGCUUACAUCUCAGCCCGCUCCAAACUCGUCGAGCCUUUCUUCAACAAGCUUUUCCUGAUGAGGAUUAUAGAUAUACCCUACCUCAACAUCACAGGACCAGACUUGCAACCCAAAAGGGACCACGUCCUGUAUGUCACCUUCCCAAAAGAAUGGAAGACUAGUGACCUCUACCAGCUCUUUAGUGCCUUUGGGAACAUCCAGGUUUCAUGGAUAGACGACACGUCAGCGUUUGUGUCCUUAAGUCAGACGGACCAGGUGCAAAUAGCUAUGAACACCAGCCGCUAUGCAGAGAGCUACAAGAUCCAGACGUACGCGGAGUACAUCCAGGGAAAGCAGCAGCAGCAGGAGAAGGAGAAGCAAAGCCAGGCGGCGAAAAGCUGGGGAGAAGACGGAUGGGUGAAAACAAACUUCACCUCCUCCACCACGGCUGGGUUUGGAUACCCCAGGUUGAGGAAACGCAGCAUCAGUCCCGUUUCGGGAGAGAAGGGAACCGACGAGGCUCAAGCUGCAGACGGCUGGAGUCACUACUCGUACCCGGACAGCACGGGCAGCAAGAAGCUGAAAACUGAUGAUGCGAGUGGGCAGGUUAACGCUGUGGAGAGCAAGACGUCAGAGGGAUGGCUGAAGACGUCAGAUGCGUCAGACGCAGCCGGGUCAAGUCCGGCCCCUGACGACGACGACGACGACGAGAAGAGUCCUGAGGGCAGCGAUGCUGACGGGACGGUCACCUGGCAACAAGCCUCAACGGUCCAGGGGAGGAAAGGACAAAAGAACAAGAAAAAGAAGUCGGAAGGUUCAAUGCGCCGAUCAACAUCACAUCUGUAAUUAAAACCAUGUCUGCCUCUGUUGUACAGCGGCUGAAUCUACGACCUCACUGUUUGAAGUCCCUGAAGUGUGGUAGCGAGCGGUGAGGGGCUGAAGAGGCCGCUGUCCCACACUGUGCUCCCGCUCAGAGUCUCUUCCUAAGCACUUGGGACUUGUUUCUCCCUGGAGGUCGUACAGCGCUGAGAUUGGUGCAUGCCCCUAAACUCAUUCGUUCACUUAACAGCCGCGGACGCCGCGUCCGAAGCCGCCGGCCGACCUACCUGACUGGACAAUUGACAAGAGAACACAAAGCCAUAACAACAGCUGCCAUAUUUUGAUCCUAGACCGGAGGAGCGGGCAACUCUUCUGAGUAAACACACACACAUCUACUACACACCUGUAAAAUCGAAACUGUAAACGUUACUUCUGUGUUCAGACUGGACUCUGCCACCACAGCCGUCAUUUUGUGAGUUUUAAAGGCGCGGCCUCCUCUGAUCAGUCUUAUAUUUUGUGAGUGAGUCGUGUGUGAGUUCGUGCAUGUGAGGGAGUCGUUCGUUUUUUCUCUAGCAUUUGUAUCCCUGUGAGUCCCAUUUCAUAAAUGAUGUGAAAAAUGCCACAUAACCUGUAGUUUCCAGUGUCGGGGGUUAUUUAGUCUUUUAAAUCAGUCAAAUCUUUCGCCUUUUUUUUUUUUUUUUUUUUUUUUUUUUUUUUUUUUUUUUUUUUAAAGAAAACUUGUCGUCAUCUCCAGUUUUAUCAGGCAUAUAUAUAAAUAAUAAGCUGAUCAAUGAUAAUGUCAUAUUUAUUAUUGGUGGCAUUCUGACCCUUCAUGAGAGGUGCUUGUGGAUUUCUUUUUUGUACAGAAUUGUUUUUCUUUACCUUAUUGUGUUCCGUGUUUUGUAACUGUGUCGACCUGCAACAAUGUCAGAGUAUGCUCCAAUGCAAAAGAUGUAAACGUUGAGGAGACGUGUACGUUUUUGUAUGAGAUAAAGUUUAAGAAUCCUUAAAUAUUUCCUUUGAAAGGGAAAAAAAUUAAAGAAUGUUUCUUAGUAA